GCGGUUUCCAGCCCCGGGGGUGUUGGCCGGGAGCAGGGUCUAAUGUUUUCUCCCCCCUUUCCAUUUUAGCAAACAUGUCCUGACCGAAGACAUUGUGCACCGGGAGGUGACGGCGGACCACAAGCUGCUCUCCCGGCGGCUCCUGACCAAGACCAACCGGAUGCCCCGCUGGGCGGAGCGCUUCUUCCCGGCCAAUGUCGCCCACUCCGUCUACAUCCUGGAGGACUCUAUUGUGGACCCCAAGAACCGAACCAUGACCACGUUCACCUGGAACAUCAACCACGCACGUCUCAUGGUGGUGGAGGAACGCUGCGUGUACCAGGUGAACCCAGAGAACAGCAACUGGACCGAGGUCAAGCGGGAAGCCUGGGUCUCUUCCAGCCUGUUUGGUGUCUCCCGGGCCGUCCAGGAAUUCGGUCUGGCCAGGUUCAAAAGCAACGUGACCAAGAGCACUAAGGGAUUCGAAUACGUGCUAGCGAGAAUGCAAGGAGAAGCUCCGUCCAAAACACUGGUGGAGACAGCCAAGGAAGCGACCGAGAAAGCCAAGGAGACAGCACUGGCUGCUACGGAGAAAGCCAAGGACUUGGCGAGCAAGGCAGCCACCAAGAAGAAGCAGUACGUGUGAGCGGCCGGGCACAGGCGGGCGCUGGCUGCACCAGAACAGUUAGGAGCCUCCUUAGAUUUUAUAUUUUUAAACAAACUGUACAAGUCUGACAAUCAGCUGCUGUUAGACCCUUUCUGAGAUGUAAUUAUCAUUAAAGAAUCUACUCCCACCUCUGA